CGACCACGGCCGCUCGUCCAUCCGGCCCGUGCGCCCUAACGCACGCAAACUCGCGCGUUCCUACUCUAUACGAUGAAAUGUAAAUAUUUAUGGAUGUCAGUUUUGAGUUGUUUAGAUUGGCUGUGAAAUUCAAGGUGAAAAUGAAAUCAACAAGGCGUGUUCGAGUGCAUGAAGAUGCUAUACGUCAUAGUGAGUGUAAGCGUGGCGGCGACCGGCUGGCGACGCCGCGGAUGUCGCUGCUCGGCAAGCCGCUCAGUUACCGCGCCACGCGACGCGACGCGCGCUACCGACGCCUGCAAUCCAAGUUCUACAACUUCCUUGAACGCCCGAGGGGAGUCAAAGCCGUCCUCUAUCAUAUGAUUGUGUUCCUGAUGGUGUUUAUGUGUCUCUCGCUGUCGGUGUUCUCUACGAUCGAGGAGUACGAAGCUAAAGCAGGCAUCGUCCUGUUCUACAUGGAGACUGUAGUUGUCGUCUGGUUCGCCAUUGAAUUUAUUUUAAGGCUCUGGUCAUCAGGAUGCAGGUCCCGAUAUCAAGGAUCAAUAGGACGACUAAAGUUCUUAAAGCGGCCUUUUUGUAUAAUAGAUGUAACAACAAUAAUGGCAUCGUUGGUGGUGCUGGGCAUGGGAUCUUCGGGGCAGGUGUUCGCGGCGUCGGCUCUGCGGGGGUUGCGGUUUUUCCAAAUACUUCGCAUGGUGCGGAUGGACCGGCGCGGUGGCACGUGGAAACUGCUCGGCUCCGUAGUGUAUGCACAUCGUCAGGAAUUAAUAACAACUUUGUAUAUAGGCUUCCUCGGCCUUAUAUUCGCAUCAUUUUUAGUUUAUUUAGCAGAAAAAGACGUCGCCGACACAAAAUUUAAAAACUUUGCUGAAGCUUUAUGGUGGGGUGUUAUCACGCUGUGCACGGUCGGGUACGGCGACAUGGUGCCUCAGACUUGGCAGGGGAAAUUCAUCGCCUCCUUCUGCGCGCUAUUAGGGAUAUCGUUCUUCGCUCUACCCGCUGGUAUAUUAGGAUCUGGUUUCGCGUUAAAAGUGCAGCAGCAACAGAGACAGAAGCACAUGAUCCGGCGCCGGCAGCCCGCCGCCACGCUUAUACAGGCGCUGUGGCGGUGCUACGCCGCUGACGAGCACUCCAUGAGCGUUGCCACCUGGAAGAUACACCAGAUACCACUGCCGAGCCCACAGACUAGUCGGGUUAUGAGCGCGUCAUUCAAGAACAAUGCGUCGUUUGUGUCGCGGCUGCCGACGAUCCGGCGGCACAAGAGCACAUCGUUGCACUCGCCUGCUCCCGCCCCCGCGCCCCACGCCAAGCAUCGCUACGACGUCAACGCCAGCGCUGAAAAUCUCGACGAGGAUGAGGAGCCCCGUUGUGUGACAUUAACUCCGCGACAUAAAGCUGCUAUCAGAUUUAUAAGGAAGAUGAAGUAUUUUGUGGCCCGCCGUAAGUUUAAAGAAGCGCUAAAGCCAUACGACGUAAAGGAUGUUAUAGAACAAUACUCCGCGGGCCACGUGGACCUGCUGGGCCGAGUGAAAAACGUCCAGACUAGGUUAGAUCAAAUUCUCGGCAAGCAAGGCUCGAAAGCCAAAGACGUGUAUGCAUCCAAAAUCAGCCUAGCUUCCAGAGUUGUUAAAAUUGAAAGACAGGUAGAUGACAUAGAAAGUAAGUUAGAUCAUUUAUUAGAAAUGUACGAAGAGGAUAGACGGGCGACGAGGAGGCUGGGCGCUGCUAACGGCGAGAGCGGCGGGUCGGGCGAGGGCGCUGUGCGCGGGCGGCCCGCUAUCGCCGACAAGCAGUGCUCCGAGCCCAACUCGCCUGUUUCGCGAGCCUUCGAGCCUGCCCCCGCCCCUACCGCCCUCACCGCCCCGCACUUCAAGCGACCCAUGAAUAGAGGGUAUUCCGAUCUGGGCACUAGAUUUAUGCGCAAAAAAGUCAUCGUCAAAACAUCAUCAUCAAAUAGAAAUGGGGAAUCGCCUCGGGACGAUGAAGUAGUUAUAGUAGUGCCGACUGACCGCGAGGACACUCCGCCCCGCCUCGCCACUGACAGCUCAGAAGUUUGCGCAAGCUGUUCAGUAGAGGUAGAAACAGAAGUGGAGGCAGGAGGCACACGCUCAGGGAGCUCCGGGUCGCCGUCGUGGUGCGAAGGCGAGGGCGAGGGCGAAGCGGGGGACGAGCGAGGAUACGGCUCGGGGGACUCCCUUGCGGAGGACGCCGCCCUCCUUGGCGCCGCACAGCCCGCGCACCCUCCCAGACUCCUGCGCACACAGAGACGAGACGUCGCCGUCGACCUGCACCUGCUCAGGCCCGACGUAUGAGCAGUGCCAUCCCUCGCGUCCCGCACCACGCCAAGCGACGUCUAUUUUUAUCGCACAACAACUUUACCCGCUCACGAACAUUACUUGUCAUAGAUGCUUCAGCAUAGAAAUUGUCGGAGCAGAAUAAACGCUUCAAUAAUUAAAAUAAAGUAUUAUAUUAUAAUAUAUGUAAGUCUCGUGCAGUGAAUAUUAUUAGAUAAUUUGUACAACGAUUUAAAUAGUGUGAUUAAAUUAAGGUUAUAAUUCCACUCAUUUUAGAUCUAUAUAAAAGACCAAAGACUCAAAAGUAGACAUGGUACCUUUUAUAUGCAAGUACAUAAUUUAACUGGUUACGCCUAUCUCGUUAUAACAAUUUGCUUAAACGAUAUAUUAUGUACGAAAC